AUGAUAACGUCAUCCUUAACAUUUGCUAUGCAUAUAUUAGUAUCGUCUUAUAAAGUGCUGGCCCCAGUCGCCCAGUUGUUGGAAUACAUGUUGCCGUAUCGAAACAUAGCUUCCAAAGCAAUUAUGGGAAAAAUAAAUUUUAACUCGAAGCAUUUGAAAAAAGGUGAUCCUCUUCCUCCGUACAAUGGAAAAUUACGCGUAUACAAUAUGCGAUACUGCCCUUUCGCACAACGUACAAUUUUGGCAUUGAACGCAAAACAGAUUGAUUAUGAAAUUGUCAACAUCGAUCUGAUAGAAAAACCAGAAUGGCUGCCUAGAAAGAGCCCUCUUGGCAAGGUGCCAUCUGUAGAAAUAAAAGAAGACGUAUGCGUAUACGAAAGUCUUAUAACAGUAGAAUACUUGGACGAAGCGUACCCACAAAGACCCUUAUUACCAAAAGAUCCCGCCAAAAGGGCGUUCGACAGAAUAUUAGUAGAAACUACGGUAGGAAGUAUUCAUACUCUGUUCUUCAAAGUGCUCAGAGCGCCUGAUACUAUUACUGAGGAAGUAGUAAACAAUUACCACAAAUCAUUAUCACUCAUAGAAGAGCAACUAAAAAGCCGUGGCACCACAUUUUUGAAUGGAAGUGAGCCAGGUUACGUCGAUUACAUGAUCUGGCCGUGGUUUGAAAAGAUUGACGCAAUGAAGACUGUCGAUGAGAAACUUAUAAUAGAUCCAGUUAAAUAUAAGAAAUUGGUGGAGUACAUUAGCAAUAUGUUCCAAGAUCCAGCUGUAAGCGAAUACUUGGUACCACCCUCUAUCUUACUUAAAUACUUUGAAGGAUACAAAACUGGAUACCCCAAUUACGAACUACUUAACGAAAAC